AUGCAGCCAGCACCAAUAGCCACCCAUGAACAUCAGCUGAAAUUCGAGAGAGAUGCUCAGAGACGUCCUUAUACCGAAUAUGCUCGGAAAUUCGGACCUAAAUCUCCAGACAGAGCUCAGGGAAAGAGUUGGUUAACGCCGUUGGAUCCUCUGUUCCCAGUAAGUUGGGAAAAUGCAAGACCGGAUGAUCGGCACAAUAUAAUCGGAGGGUAUCAGAAACAGGAAUUGCUUCUCUUCACCACGAGAGAAUUGAAGGAUUUAGAUGCGGUUUGUGAUAGACCUAUGAGGGAUAGUACGCUGUCUGGAGGGAUUCUACCAAUUUUGCAGAGGGAUAGGUGGGAGGAUAAGCCGAGUGAUGCGUGGUUGAGGACAGAUAGUGUCCCGAUUAGGCAUGACCCUGAUGGUGGAAAAUGGCAAUCGAGUAAUGAUAAAGUAUGGGAAGUCCUCAAACCAAUAGUCACACUUGCUUCGCAAUUUAUAACGUCUUCAAAAAGUUUACCAUGGCUAGAUGCUCUCCUCCUUGGACCCCGCGCUCCUGUCCAUCCCGAUAGAUACCCACCAGGCGCAAAGAUUCUCAAAGAAUACCACACCUUUAGUCCUCGAGAAGGUCCAUGGACUGUUGAACGCGAAAACGAAGUCGCGGCCGAAAGAGAUCGGGUCUUUCGCGGAUUGAUGAAUGAAAUGGAUUUUAUGUGUUCGUAUUUCUAUAGCCAUCAGAACGUGAGAGAUAACGAUCCACCCAACAAUGAUCCAACAUACCCGGUCAAGAAAUUUGGAGAUGCGUUGGGAGUUUCAACAAUCAAUACUUGGGAAAUGCUCGUCAAGAAGAAACCCGGUGCCAAGUGGCGAGUUCAAAUGUUUCUCAACGUCGAAUCUUUGGAGCCUAUCUUCUUCCAGUAUAAAGACUUAUCAGACUCCGAGUUGGCAGGUAUCAGAUAUCGCUGUGCAAGUACCAUUGCGCACGAACUUAUGCAUGCGAUAGGCUAUUAUCAGUCUCUGCAUCGUCUAGGUGUUCGUGUAUUUACAAAUAACAGAGAAGGAUAUUUUGGAACGGAGCAGAGCGCGGAGCUUGGCUGGAGCUGGCAAUGGGCAAUUUUCGGAGGAAUUGACCUCAAGAAACCCGUCAACCAGCGGUCCCGUCGUCUCCUGUGUCAAUUUGCCGAAAUGAUGUACCCUUCUUUCACCACUAAACUUCACGGCUCCAAGAGUCAACCUACUCUCAUAGAGCCUGCUAUAAAAACACAUGUCGAUUUCUAUCCCAUCGGCGUCCAGUAUUUAGAAGACGUUCACACUCAAGACUUUUGGGAUCUGAUGGUUCGCGGUUUUGGCGGAGGCAUUCUGAAAUACCGCGCGAUCAAGGAAGGUACCAGAACCGUCUACCGUCCGGAUUCUGGUGAAAGCGGUCGCCCUUUCCUCUAUACUUCCAGGGAUAGAUUGGAUCCUGUCGUCCAUGAUCCAUAUAUCAACGAUGAUGCGAUGAUGUUGCAGGGUAUAUUGAACAUACAAUCGCAGAUGGAGACUACGCCGAUGGAGAGGCAAGUUUUGGACUUUACUGCAAAAAUGGCUGAAACUGCGAAAACUGGGAAAGAAUUUUGGGAAAGUAUGGAAUCCCAAGUUAAAGCCGUGGGGGAAAUCAUAGAGGUAUUAGUGGAGAAUAAGAAUAACAAUUUUGGCGGUGAUGAGGGAGAAAUGGAAUUGAUGAACACGGCAGUGAAGAAUGUGGUGGAGUUGUUGGUUGUGGCUUCAACAAAUCACGAAAAAAUGGUGGGAAUUACCUUGGAGAGAGAGAGGCAACGCGGAGGUUUGGAAGAUAUCACUUCCAAGCGUGCUCUGUUGGUUUGGAACAGGGGUGCGAGGGGAUUUAAUCGAGAAGUCAUUGAAAAAAUCGGAAAAAAGUCUAGGACUGGAGAACUGGCAAUGCAAUUGAAUCGCUCCUAUAACCGUCUGGAGCAAUGCCAAGCAUUAUUUUUCAUUCCAAGUAGAAGGGGAUUCGCAAGUAAUUAUCCCACAGAACAGAAGGAGUUCGAUAUGCUCCUCGAUGCGACCGCGGCGAUGCAUAAUUUGAAAGAUUACGACAAGGCGAGACAGUUGUGUUCUCAAAUAUCUUCAAAUAAAUACAUUGGAUCUUUUGCGAAGAGUGCGGCGUCAAUGAUGGUUGCAAAUUGUGAAGCAGAGAAGGCAGGGGGUGUUGAGAAGUUGACAAUACCAAUUCGACAUAAAUGUUGGAGGUUACUCACUCAAGGCUUGGAGAGGCUGGUUUGGCUAGAACCAGAGAUUGUCCAAGUCUCAGAAGGAUGGAAGGAGCUAUUCCGGGAUUAUAUUGACUGGGGGAAGAUAACGGAAGCGAAGUUGCGGAUUGAAAAACAGGAUAUUUUGCCCCCGGGGUUUGAAGAGACGGGGGAAAGUUCACAGACAGCAAGUAGUCGUAGUGGGGGACAGCCUGCAAGAGCGAACACUCAAAAGAGGACGAGGGAAGAUGUUAACGAGUUGGUUGACGAAGUGAUGGAAGAUGUGGUCUGUCCGGAACCCGGAGAAUGGAAAUCAAUGCAGAGAAUGAGAGCAUUCAAGAAAAUGAAGCGUGGGUCGAGGGAUCCAGGUGAUACCCCGCCGGAAUGA